AACCUGGCAAUAGAAUGGCUAAAGUUCCCCGACUGGACCUUGACAAAAUGGCAUCUCUGGCAUCCAUGAGUAUAGAAGACCUGGACAGUUCAGAAAAAGUCCUUGCAAAGCAACUGUGCGAUUUGACCAAAGAAGUCUUUCGUAAUCAUGAGAAGGAAGCUGUGACAAUGAUGGCAUUGGGAGACAUCUAUAAACAGAGAUGCCUGAGAAAGUCAGCUGAGAGGGAACAUUACACAAAGGCUAUAGGUCUCUAUACUGGUGCCAAGACCUGCCUCAAUAAAGCAACAGAAGCAGGGAAAAAAUUUGAUCAAUACAGUGAUCAGAUUACAACUUCCUGCGAAGAAGUGAAGCAACUAUAUCGCAAGCACAUCAUAAAAAGAGGUCCAAACAUGGUAAAACAAUGGUCUGCAGCUGGAGAACUGAAGACCUACAGAGACAAACUGAAGAUAAAAGUGGAGGAUGAGCUUGUUCGUUUGUUUUAUGAAUGCCCAAAGCCAGAAUUCGGGAAAAAUCCAGAAUAUGAAAAAAGACUGAAUAAGCAGAUCAGGUCCAUUUGUGAAGAAAAUACAAAAUUUGUUAAAGAGUUCACGGCAAAGAUGAUGUCUGAUAGUGUUGCCGAGUGUGGGCCACCCCCCUACAGGUUCACCAUGGUUGGCCUAGGUUCCCUAGCCCGGGGAGAAACUACCCCAUACUCCGAUCUAGAAUACAUUCUUCUAACAGAUGAGGAUGACAUACACGAUGAGUACUUCUUGAAUCUACAUUACCAUUUCCAAAUGCAAGUGCUGAGCUUAGGAGAGACCCCUCUACCUACCAUUGCUAUCAAAAGUCUCAAUGAUUUCUACAACCCUGAUGAUUCUAAUAAUUUCUAUGAUGAUGUCUCAGUCAGCGGUUUUAAAUUAGAUGGCAACAUGCCAUGGGCCUCUAAAACACCACCUGGUCAUAAAGGAACUCGAAAGAGGAAACCCCUAAAGCUUAUAGGAACACCUAAAUACAUGGCAAAAUUAAGCACAACUGAGGCAGACAAGAAUAAUGGUUACCACCUAGCAACCAUUAUCUCCACAGCAACCAGGAUCAUGGGAGAUGAGAAGCUGUUUCAAGAGUUCAAGCAACAGUUAGCCAGAGUACGAGCUGAUGAAAACCAGGAUUCUAUUUUGAAAGCCUGUAUAAAACGAAUGAAAGCUGACUGUAAAAAAUAUAAGUGUGUCAUAAAUGAUGACAGUUUAAGGAGCAGAAAUGCAAAACAAGAUUAUUACAGAUUUCCAUCAACUUUGAUCUCAAACUUAAAAGACCUAUAUGGCAUUGAUAAAACAUCUCCAUGGGAAAUAAUAGAUGAAUUACAGGAUAAAAUACAUGUAGGUGGUGAAACCUGUUCUGACUUGGCAUUCAUGAUCAAUACAGUCAUAGGAAUUAGAAUGUAUACAUACUGCACAAAGAAUCAGCAACAUGAGCUUAUCCAAGUAAAUCAGGAUUUAUUCCCUGAUAAUUCUAUUCAAGAUGUAGUGCCAUCUAUUAGAACAAGCAAUAUUUCAAGAGAGAAAUUACCAAUCCCCUUUACCAACUUUUUACAGCACUAUUUCCUCAGGUACAUGAGUGCAUCCAUAUCUGUCCCUGCACAACUAGAAAAGCCACUCACACUGAGCUCAAGUGGUGCACCAGAGUUGAUGCAGACAUGUCCCAUGUACUGCAUGUGUAAACUGUGUCUCCUACAUGUGAAGCUACUCACAUGUGUUGGGCCUGAUGAUACUAUUGAUAACCCAAGUGUUGUGCUAGAAUCUGUGAAAAGAUCAUGGCAUUAUAAAAUACAACCAGUCACAAGGAAGACAGUAUUCAAUGUUGUAGAGUACUGUCAUUACCUGAGAGGUGAUCAUUCAUCUAGACUAAAGUUAUUCCAGGCUGAAGUACAGUCUGAGGAUAUGACCAGUGAUGUUAAAGCAGUGUAUUUAUGUAGAAUAGCUCAAUGUCAUUACAGACUGAAAGACUACUCAGCAGCAUUAAGUUCUGUUGAGGAAUCUAUCAAACUGACUCCACACAGUGAGCUACUGAGGCCCAUGAUAGUCAAGAUUUGGAUCUUACAUGACAUGAAUGAGUAUACACAACUGAGAAGUUGCUGUGAAACAUGUAUAAACAUCCAGUCACAAUGUGAGCCUCGUAUAAAUACAAACACUGACAAACUGGAGAUACAUUACUAUUACUCUGCUACUCUCAUACACUUUAAAGAGUAUGAGGCUGCAUUGGAGUCCCUGAUCAAGGCUAAGCCUCUGUGUAGUGAGGUGUUGGGGGAGUCACAUUGGAUGUACAAAGGCAUUCUCCAGAGAAUGCUCACCUGCUACACAGCUCUAGGAAGAGAAACAGAGGCAGGAAAGAUCAAGAGCAUGAUAACUAAAUGUAAAUAGAAUAAAAAACAUGUUACAAUGUUCAAUCAAGAUGUACAAAACUGUUCCCAUACUGAGAAAUAUACAUAUUCUAAUUGUGCAAAGUAUGACACAAUAUUUAUCAACUCUGAACUCUUUGACUUGGAAAUGAAUUAAUGUGCAGUACAGUAUGUUUACAUUACAGAACAAACCGUAAGUAGCCUGUGAAUUAUCUUUUUAUGUAUUGCAUAAAUAAAACAGAAACAAGAAUAUCAGCUCUGAAUUCCUUGACUUGACUUGAAAGAAAUUAAAUGCAGUAAGUAUACAUUAUAUAACAUAACUUAUAUUUUUAUGUAAUGCAUAAUAAAACAGAAACGAGAACAAAAUGAAUACAGAGAGUUACCACAUUACAACAGUUAUUUCCCAUGGAGAGAUGUAUUCUAAUGCCAAACGGGUCUUUUAUAAGAAUUUGUACUUCUCUAUUUAUAUUAACUUUUAGGUAAUUUGAACAUCACAGCUAGCUUUUAGGUAAAAUUAACGAAAUAUCUUACAAGCAGACUUUAAUAAAAAGGAGAUAUUAGAGAGUUUAAGCUAUGAGAUAAGGUAACCGUGAACUCAAAGCCAAUGAAUCAAUACAGUAAUGUAUAUAGCGCACAUACAAAACAAGCGCUACUUAGUCUACUUCAGAUACCCAAUCAGCUUCAGUUUCAUGUUUAGAACAGGAGAUUUGCAAUUUCGCGUUGGUGUCAAUGGGAAUCAUUAUAUUCAUGUCUGUUGAAUACUAUGCUGGCAAUUCUGAUUUUGAUGCGCUGUAUAAUACUUUCUGAAGAAAAUGAUGUAUGUCAUAUAUGUUUUAUAUAUGCUCCAAAUAUCUUACGAAAUAAGCUUGUAUAUCAUAGAAAUGAGCUUGUAUGUAUCAUAGAAAACUAUCAAUGGCAUAUUACACAAUGAUGUGUAGUCUAAAUAAUGGACUAAGUAAACACUAGUGUAACUGAACGAUUAUUUAUGUGAGAAAACUACAUGCAUUUGUAUAGGGCAACUUAUGCUUACAGGUUGAUGUUUCGACUUUAUAUGCAUUGCUUAAAGUCUCCAAUAUCAUGUUUCUUUACUUUGAAUUACAGUAAAACCUCUUUUAUUCAAUGCCUCUGGAUUCUGUAACCAGCAAAAAGUGUUCAGAUCGGGAGGUGUUCACAUUUCAAGGUUUUAUAAACAUGUAAGUCAAUGGGAGAAAGUGUUCACAUUGAGAGGUGUUUGGAUAUACAGGUUUCACUGUACUGGACUAUUAUGUAACAUUGCU